ACUGGUAUAUAAAGAUGAUCACGCAUUAUUGUUAACUUGGUCAUUGAGGCUGCUCUUAUCUUACAAUAUUUUAAUAUCAGGUUUUAUCAGUAAAAUGUACCCAAUACUUUGUUUAGUGUUACUUACUACAUCUAUGGUCUAUGGCAAGACAACUUACGUGAGUAUCCCUCAAGAUCAAUUACCAAAUUUGUUAAAUUCGUCUAUGGCAUGCAUGGCAAACAGUGGCAUUGAUUCUGAGACGAUGCAGAGAAUCCUUGCUUGGAAAUUCGACAACACAGAAGGCGUCAGAAAAUUCAUUUACUGUUUUGCUACAACAUCCGGGUAUGGCGAUGAGAACGGUCACCUUAUUAAGGAGAAAAUGAUGAAACUGGUCACCAAUAAUAAAAGGAAAAAUGAAUAUGGAAAUGUCAUUGAUGAAUGCAAUAAAACUAAAGGAGAUAAUAAAUACGAUACUAUGUAUAAAACGACAACCUGUUUCUAUAACAAUUCACCUAUUUUAUUAAAACUGUAAUAAGACUUAAUAAGCAUUACUCUGGUGUUGUUAUAUAUUUUAUUAUGAAUAUUUUAUUGAGUUGACGAUAAUUUAUUAAAUGAAACUAUAAAAUGAGUA